AUGGCCGAUCAUCUCCCUCGGGAACGCUCCGUCUCCAAUGCCUCAAAACACCUGGACUAUCAAGACAAAACCGAGCCAAGAUCGUCCAUCUCAGUUGACUAUACCAACGCCCCUACAAUCAACAACACUAGCAGCAGUCCCAUGCGCCACCAGUACACCGGGGACAACAGCAGCAGUGGAUACUCAGAAGUGCACAAUGACCAACAACAACAACAACAACAACAACAACAACAGCAGCAACAGCAGGACCAGCAACAGGCACAGUACGACAGCAGCAAUAACAGCAAUGGACACCACUACUCCUCUGCGCCGACUUCUUCGGGCUACCCUGCCAACGGCGCUUACCUCCCACACCCCAUUCAGACGACUGGUCAGGCACUCGGGAAUGGAAGCAAUGGUGGCGUCUACUCUGCUCAUGGAGGUCAUCCUUCAAGCCUGCACAACUCAUUUGCAUCCCCGACCUCCCCCGCUUUGUCAACUUCGCCGCUCUCGCCCAUCAAUACCCAUAACCUGUACCAACAACAACAGCAGCAGCAACAACAACAUGGCCAUUAUGAAUAUGACCAUUCGCAGCAGGGCAACAACGGUGGACAGUACCAACAACAACAACAACAGCAGCAGCAACAGCAACCCUACUAUGCACAGCAUGCAUCAUACCCCCAGGAGCACCACCAGCACCCUUUGUAA